CGCGACGCGCACAGCCACCAAACUUCGUAAUCAACAUGGCGAUAUUGUUAAAUUUUGCGGUGCAGUCCUCCUUCACUCCAGCCCGUGAACGCUAGCUUUUCAGUUUUGGAUUAUGUGUUAAGGGCUGCGUACAGAGUUUGAUUGUUAUACACAAACUUUACAUCAAAUGCAGAACAAUGUCGGGUGCUGCUCAGAAGGGCAGAGGUCGUCUCUCCCGAAGUAAAUCUUGCACAUGGUGUGCAGAAAAAGGCCUUUCUUUAAAUUUCAUUUUCCCUGCUAGAAAUGGGCAAAAGGAGUUCUGUUCUUCCGUCUGCCUUGCAGAAUUUCGCAAAGCUUAUAACAAGGGCUCAUGUUUGUAUUGUGAUGCUGUAAUUAAUGGUGCACCAGUAUGUCUGGAUGGAAAUGCAUCAAAGCACUUCUGCAGCCAAAGCUGCCUGGACAAAUUUGUCAAACGAGAAAACAGUACUAAAUUGAGCAAUGGGUCAUCAGGAUCUACACCAAAUGGUAAUGCUACUGCUGUGGCACCUUCUACACCAACAGUCUCUUCGACAGUCCUGCCUGUAGCUUCACCUGCUGCAUCAGCAGUGUCUGUAUCAUCAAAUGACGACUCUGUUGGUUCUGCUGAUCCCAAAGGAAAUAACAUCCCAUUAGAGUUGGAAACUAAACCAAACCAUCAAACUGCAGACACAGGAUUAACAUUUGCCAAUGUGCCAAGUCCCAAUAUGAGUGCCUAUGAGCCAUUUGAUUGGAAAAGCUAUAUGAAGGAAUCAAAUAGCCAGCCUGCCCCUGCUCAUUGUUUUAAGCAGUCACCAACGCCUCCACAAAAUGAUUUUAAACUUGAUCAAAAACUGGAAGCUCUAGACCCUCGAAAUCUAACAUCGACAUGUAUUGCAACUGUGGUUGGAAUUUUAGGACCACGCUUAAGAUUGCGCUUGGAUGGAUCAGAUAAUAAAAAUGAUUUCUGGCGAUUGGUGGAUUCCAAUGAAAUACAUCCAAUAGGUCACUGUGAAAAAGGUGGAGGGAUGCUUCAACCUCCAUUAGGUUUCCGUAUGAAUGCGUCCAUGUGGCCACAGUUUCUAGUCAAGACACUCGGCCUGGCUGUUAUGGCCCCUCAUAAAGCAUUUAAACGGGAACCUCCCUCUCCUGGUACCAAUCAUUUUCAAGUUGGCAUGAAACUAGAAGCUGUGGACAAGAAAAACCCCAUGCUCAUAUGCACAGCCACUGUGGGUGAAGUAAAGAACGAAUUAGUACACGUGACUUUUGAUGGUUGGCGAGGUGCAUUUGAUUACUGGUGUCGCUAUGAUUCAAGAGACAUAUUUCCUGUUGGCUGGUGUGCUAAGAGUGGACACCCUUUACAACCUCCUGGAAAGAAAGCUCAAGGUGGCACAAACCGAUACCGCGCGCGCACCAGUAAUGUACAACCUACAACCAUGGUGCCAGCAGUAACAGAGUCUGAUGAGAACACGCCUCUAUCAGUCAGGAAAGAGCAGUCCAAAACGCCAAGCACUGUGGGAUCUCCCACAAGUCCUAAUCCUCCAUCCACUCCUGUGUCUCCGAACACAGCCUCUGUUUCACCAGUCUUAAAAGCCUCUCCACCCAUGAAGCCAAAUCAAAUUAUUCCUAGUGCAGUUUCUCCUCCGACAAAACCUGUGACACCCCCUAGUAACAUUCAAGUAACCCCGCCAGAAAAUUCACAGAAUUUGGCUUCAAAACAAAAUACAGUUGUCCCACCUGGUGCACCAUCUGGUGCACCGUCUGGUGCACCGUCUGGCAAUGUAUUGCCAGAUAGCCUUCCUUCACCCUCUCAAACCAAUGGUGUUGCAUCUACUGUCAACUCAAAUCUUGUUUCGUCGUCACAGCAAAGAAAUGAUAAUGAAGUUCGAAUAUAUGUUAAUUCUACAUGCAAGACAGGACCCUAUAUGGACAAGGAACGUGUGCGGAAAAUGCCCUCUGUAUUUGGUCCUAGUGGUCUGAAGGGAGUGCUCCGAAAUUGUGUUCAGUCAUUGGUGGAUGCAGCUUCUGAUCGAAGUGCAAUUUAUGGCAUGUUACGGCAAGGGCAAGGCAAAGUUCUCAUUUCUGUUCCUCUGGAAACACAAACUGUCAAACUGCGCUUGCCAGUUAUUCCAACCGAAUUGGAACUGUGGACAUUUCUAGAAAUUUUGACUGAAGAAAUGCAAUGCUGUUCAAAUUUUUUAACCAGAGAACCUACUGUUUGUGAACAUUGUGCUUCCUCCAACCAAGAUGAUGAGGCCUUAAGAACAUCUCAGAAACGGAGAUUCUCAGCGCAGACCUCUGAACCUGUCAACAACAAGAGAGCUAAUCUUAUUCAACCCAAAGGUUUGGCUGGAAGUAAUCAGACAAGUCCAAUCCCUCCUCAACAUUCUGCUCGAUCGUCACCUACAGUGGCUGCUGCUCCAGUUGUUCGUCAUGCCUCACCAGCCCAAGUUGCUGCAACCUCUACUACAGCAAAUGAUGAGCAGUCAGCUCCAAGAACUCUACCAACUGAAGCUAUCGAAUGGACCAUAGAAGAUGUGAUUUGGUACAUUACAUCAACUGAUCCAAACAUGGCUGUGUAUGCUGACCUCUUCCGAAAACAUGAAAUUGAUGGCAAAGCACUUUUACUCCUGAACUCAGAUAUGAUGAUGCAAUAUAUGGGCUUAAAACUAGGCCCUGCCCUUAAAAUUUGCAACUUGGUUCAAAGAGUCAGCCGAUCAAGGGGUCGAACCUGUAUGUUUAGGUGAAAUAUACUACAGUAGUUCCUGUCAUAACUAUUUGUUUGCAUUGUCCCAUCGUGCGCCUGAUUGCGGCUCCAGCAUGUUCUUGUUCUUUGUUUUCUUAAAUCUAUAACUGUACAUAGGAACAGUAUACAGUACUAUCACUGUUAUCGGUAGCAGGACUUGUAUGUCUGUCUAUGAAAAUUUAAUGGUUUGCCCUUCUCUAGACUAAUUCUGCUGAAGUUUUAGAGUACCUGCUACUACACAAAUUUAAGCCAAUAGCAAUGCCUAUUGCAAGGAGCAUUGCUUUGUUACUGACAUUAUAAUUGAAAAUUAUGCAUGCAGCUGUCUUACUGAGUCAAAAAAGCAACCUCCAAAGUUAACAAUUUUGUGGUCCUCCUGUCUAUUUUGUAUAGGCAAUACCCAUUCUUUUUUUCCCCUGAUCUAUGAAAUUAGUCAACUAUGUCGUGUCUUUGAUAAUGAAUUAAAUUUGUUGUUGACGCAAUUUCUGGUCCAGGCAUUGAUCAUGUUAAAAAUCAAAGUAGCUGUUUAUUUUUAUAACAAUGCCUCUCAAAUGUUUAUUCACGUCAUCUUACGAGUGAAUAUAGCCCUGUAAAUUACCCCUACAGCUUAUUUGUGAUCUACUGUUUAUUUCUCAUAAAGAAGUUAAUGUGGCUGUGUUGUUGUAAACCCAUUCCUUGUGUGUAUAAGUAUUUUCUGUGUAGAUGUCACUGUGCUACACAAGUAGAAAUAAAUGUUUUGUUGAUCUUUUUUAUUUUAUUUAGAGAAAAAUGUUUCAGUACUGUUUACCAUUGAAAAAUUAUACUAACAUACUGUGUGAUUCGGGUAAGUUUGGCCAAUACAAUAGGAUGGCAGGAAGACCCUUCAACAAACAUUUUUCUUAUUUGGACCUAUGGAUGCAAACGCCUUUGGACAGAGCUAGUGGGUUGUGUGCAGGGCCUCACAGGAUGACGCUGUGUUCAAGGGUGUGUCCUGGAUCUCUCCAAAACAAUCAAGGCUGCUAGAUGCAGACAAAAAAAGAAUAAAUGUAAAGCAACCUUUGGUAACAUGUGUUGGGACUGUUUGUGCUCAUAGGUCCCAAUGUGAAAAGUGCUUGUAGGGCUCCUCCUUUCACCCUUAUUUUGGCCCAACGAACUAGAAUCAACCUGUAUUGCCCAAUCUUAUGUACAGUAGUUGCGGGAAAUUGUAAAUCAUGUAUGAAGACUGUGAAGAGUUGUUUAAGUCAUCUGCACAAGCAGGCGAAUGGAUUAUGCUGAUUGUUGACACGGAAGGUUCCAUUUGUUUGUUGUAGCUGUAUUUUUUUAAGAUAUUGUUAAGCCCUAUGCGAGCUCUAGAGAAUGGAUAAUGUUGGGUAUGGAUUCUUUGCUUAUGGCAUGUUUAGACAAGGAAGUUUCCUUAGUACCUGGCAAAACUUGUAAUUAGAUCAUUCUUCAAAGUGUUUUAACUCUCUAGUUUUUCGUACUACAACACCUUGGAGAAGUGCGGAUACAGUCUUCUGUGAUGUGUAUGAAAAAAAUAAAGUAUGUGGGUAGCUGUGA